CCCGAGUUUCGUUUCAUGGUAGAAAGAAACAGUGAAGAACAGUUCCGAUGGCCAGAUGAUGAAAAGUUGGGAAAUGGUUUGAGAUAUUUUUAUAAACAAUAUAUCACAAACAUUCAAACCAAUACCAACACAUGGUGUGAAAAACGACUUGAGAAUUUUUUUCGAAUGCGUUGUUGGUAUCGCAAUCGAUUCAACAAUGGCUCAAGAUUUGAUAGCAUCGACAUCAGAAAUGCCAAAGAGUUUUCAUAUCGAUUUAAGAAUUUAACAAAUGGUAAUAAUGGUAAUAAUGUGUAUCCACAACGCGUUGAAAAAUUCAAUAUUUUAAUGAGAGAUUUGACUGAAAUUGGAUGGUCGGGAACAGUGAGUAUGAAAUUUUUCGCAAAAUAUCGUUGGUUUGAAUCACUGUGGUUGUUCGGUCAAAUGCAACGGCAAAUAGAAGUGUAUCACAGUCAUGCCGAACAAUGGCAUACCAUUCAUGAAAUGUUUCGUAACAAUCCGAACUUUCAAGAGCCAACAAUCAAUCGACCACCAAAAAUAAGCAGUUUUGCUCUUAUACCAUUAUGCGACUACCAUUUGAAAAACGUGCGAUUGGACAUUACGGACUUGUAUAAUAAAAUUGUAAACAAGCUUGAUUUGGUGCCUUCUUUUCUCAAUACGCGGACCAACCGGAUGAAUAAGAGAAAAGUAAAGUACUACACCCAAAUUGAUCGAUCAGGUCUAUGGAAUAUGUUGUUCGAUGUCGGUAAAAUAUAUAAAUUGGGCAAAUCGAAACCAUUCCAUCAUCAGAUUUUGACCGAUAGUGUUUCAAUAUCCAUAAUGUACAAGAAACCACAGCGACAACAACGACCACAGCAAACAACCCAAGCGAAUCGGGGGCCGGAAAAACUCAUUGGCAAGAAAUACAUCAUUGGAAUCGAUCCGAAUGAAAAAUCGUGGUUAACUGUAGUGCGUCGCAACAUUCAAAAAACACCUGAUGAGCCGGCUGUUGAGGAAAACAUUAUAAUACCAAACCAGCGUUUUCAUUGGGAAACUCAGCAGAAAAAACGAGACAAAGAAGCGAAAAAGUUGGCUGGAUGGUUUGAUAUCGAAGAGAAGGAACAUCUCAAAACAUACCCAUAUCGUCCACCAUCACCACGUAAUUCAACAUGGAAAUCAUACAUUGAAUAUCGCAUUAAAAUGUUACGAAAAGGAAUGGCAGCUUAUGCGACGCGUGAAUAUGCACGACUGGAUUUAGACCAUCACAUUCGCUCGACCAGAGUAAAUGAUCAAAUCGCCGUGCGUGUGACAAACAACAAACCGUCGUUGGUUCAAUUUGGUGCUUGGGCGAUGAAACCCGAUCGACCGUUUGGAAUAAAAAAGCGUAAAAGAUGUCCGGGAUCGCGUAAGUUUCGUGUGAGCAUUAAGAAACUUGGACAUUCAGAAGUUGAAAUGCAAGAUGAAUGGGGAACAUCACAAACAUGCGCGAAUUGUCAGGAACGUUUUCCAAGGCACACAAAAGAUGAUCGAUUUAAAGUGUGCUACGAUUGUAGAGCGAAAAAGAUUGAUGGCCUGCCAGAUUUAGUCGCUGGACUGCCAGAUAUCAUUGUGUCAACGGUCAACAGACGUGUUUUGAGAAGAAAACGUGCAAUUAUUAAGCGACAAAUUAUCGAUGGCAAUCGUGAGGCUGUGAACGAAAAAAUUCGGACUGGGCGUUUAAUGUCAAAGGUUAAAGUUACCUACAAAAAUUGGCCAUUAAAUGUUGAUGAUGAUGAUGUUGUUCCACAAACAGUUACUUGGCACCGAGAUAUUGUUGCAGCAAAAUGCAUUAUGCUCAAAGGUAUGAAUCAAUUGGAAACAGAAUAUUCAUUAUUUAAUGUAUUUGCUUUAAAUUACAUAGGACUUUGCCGGAUCUUUGAUGUACCAUUGCCAGUUUCAUUGUUAAGACCGCCGGACUAAAACAACAAUGUCAACUAACAAACAUCAUCAAUUAAUCAUACAUUCAAAAAAUUACAUAAAAUAAAAUAUUUUAACUAUUAUAGUUAGCUUAGCUAGACAUGAACAGACUAUAUAAAGUCUUGUGGUCUAGUUGUACAAUAGUACAACAUUGUACGGAGGGGGAGUGCCCGUAGGUGAGUAAAGUUUUUAAUUUAAAAAAAGUAUUUUAUACCCAGUUCAACUGAUACGAUGUAAAUCAUUUUUUCCGCAUUUUGUUCCCUUACCAUUGGAAGUAUCCGAUUUUGAAGCAAAGCAAUAGAUACCGCUGAAAUAUAAGUUUAUCAUGCGAACCAAUGAA